UUUAAUAAACCCCUUUCCCAAAACCCCUAAUUUUAUUUUUUCAACCAAACAACGCUUCUUCCUUUCUCACCAUGAGCAAAGGACCGGGACUUUUCUCCGACUUCGGCAAGAAAGCCAGAGAUUUGCUCAACAAAGACUACGCCGCCGAUCAUAAAAUAACUGUUUCUUCUUCCAGUGAUUCUGGACUGGAUAUCACCUCAAAUUUAUUUACUAAAGGAGGCCUAUCCUCAGGGGAUGUAGCAACACGAUACAAAUUCAAGAAUGGCUCACUUGAUGUCAAAUUUGUCACAGAUUCAAAUAUCCUAACAACCCUCAGGGCAACGGAUUUGCCAUCAUCCACUAAUGUUAUAGCUUCUUUAAAACUACCAGAUUUCAACUCUGGCAAGUUGGAGGUGCAGUAUUUCCAUGAACAUGCGGGUAUUAGUGUAGCUGCUGGACUGAACCAUUCUCCUGCUGUUGAUCUCUCAGCAACUAUUGGCACUCCUACCAUUGCCUUUGGUGCAGAGAGUACAUACACUACAGUUUCUGGCAAUUUCGCAAAGUAUAAUGCUGGUGUUAGCUACUCAACACCAGAUUCCAAUGCUUCAGUUAUUCUGGCUGAUAAAGGAGACUCAAUUAAGGCGUCGUAUCUGCAUCAUCUGGAUCUGCUGAAUAAGGGCGUUUUGGGGGGAGAGAUCAGUCGAAGGUUCUCGACAAAUGAGAACACGUUGACAGUUGGAUGUUCCUUUUUAGUUGAUCCUCAAACAGUGCUGAAGGCAAAGCUCGACAACCAUGGCAGUCUCGGAGCUCUUCUACAGCAUGAAAUCAAUCGUCAGUCUCUAUUGGCAAUUUCUGGUGCUUUCGACACCAAAGCUUUACAGAAGAAUCCCAAGUUUGGGUUCACACUCGCUCUCAAGCCUUGAUUGAGUAUACUUAAUAACCAAUAGGGAAGAAACAACCCUGAUUCUUUUCAUAUAGCUACUCUUGUUUUCUCCUCUCAAUCAAAUUUAGGUAUAUUGAUGGAUGACUUGUUUUUCAAUUUCUUUUGAAUAGAAAUUUCUUAUUUUGCUUGCUAGAAA